AUGAAGCAGCGGCGGCUGCUGGAGGAGCUGCUGCUGCUGCUGCUGCCGCUGCUGCUGCACUUUCCUAACAGCGCUUCCGCGUUCCUGCUGAGGGGCCCCACAAACAGCUUUAGGGGGGGCCCCCUGCUUCUGGAAGUGGGGGCCCCCUGGCUGGGGCGCUCUCGGGGGCCCCCUGAACCCUGCUGCUGCUUCUCUAGCGAGAACAAGCGAGCAGCGGCUUCAGCAGCAGCUGCAGCAGCUGCUGCUGCUGCUGCUGAUGCCGCAGCAGCAGAUGGGGGCACCAGAGUGCUGUGGACAAUGAGCGAGGCGCCAACAGAGGAGAAGCCUUCGGCCGUGGAGGCUGCAGCAGCAGCCGCAGCAACAGCCGCCGCAGCAGCAGGACCUGCUGCUGCUGCUGCCGCUGCUGCUGCGCCUGCGAGCAGCAGCAGGCGGCUGCGUCUAACGGCAACCCUCAGCAACAACCACAUUUAUGCAUGCAUUACAGACCCUUCGGGGCAGCAGACAUUUGCUUUUGCUUCCUCCAUGGACAAAGAGCUUGCUGGCACUUUGAAGACGGUCAAAAGAAAAAGAGGCAAGUUUGCUGCUGCUGCUGCUGCUGCUGCUGCAGUGGGUGCAGCUUGCGCGGUCGCUGGUGCUGCUGCUGCUGUUGGGGGAAGCGGCGGUCGAGUGUUGGGGCUUGCUGCUGCCGUCCUCUCGGGCGCAGCAGCUGCCACAUCUCCCGCUGCUGCUUUUGCUGCUGCUGCUGCUGCUUCUGCUGCAGGAUUGGUGGCGAGGCAGCACGGGGGCACUCUGGAAGCAGCAGCAGCUGUGGGGGCCCUCGUGGCUGCAAGGGGCCUCCGGGCUGGAGUCUCUAAAGUUUAUUUUGACAGGAAGCAAUACAAAUAUGCAGGGAGAAUUGCUGCGCUGGCUGAUGGAGCGCGGAAGGCGGGGCUAGAUUUCUAA